AUGAAGAGGACACUUUCUGAUGCUGCGGCAAAGUGUGCGGAGAGAUGGAGCAGAGUGCAAUACGGCGGCAGUGAGCCUGUUGAAACCGAGCGUGCUGAGCGCAAGACAGUAGGUAGUGAUGCUGACACUGAUAUAGAGGGAGAUUCUGAUGAGGACUUGGUGGUGGUUGGCGAGAAAAAAGUGGAAGUGCAUGUGUUGAGUGACUCUGAGCCGGACAUCGAGGAUGCGAGGCCGAGUAAGCGAAUCAAGGGCACAGACGGGUAUGUACCGUUCCGGCUUAUUAGGUCUGAGGCCUACGACGAGUCCACUGGGCAUACUCCUUACAUGGCAGAUUUGGGGGAUAUCUUUGGUGACCCUGAGCUUAGAGAAGUGUACUUGUUCAGCUUUCAAUAUGAUUUGAGUUUUGUGCUACGGCAUUUCACAACCAGCAUCGAAAGGAUAACUAUAGUGGCCCAAACUGGUACUAUUGUGCCAGUGAGCUCAUCGGAGUUGACGCAUAGCCCACAGUUCUCUCAGAUUUUUCAUCGGUUGGUGGUUAAAGAAAUAUACAUGCCGCCUUACUCCUGUCAUCACUCAAAAAUGAUUAUUGGCAUAUAUCGAAAUGGUCGCGGAGUGCGGGUCUUUUUACCAUCGAAUAACUUUACAUGGGCGGAGACUAACUGGCCACAGCAGGUCCUGUGGUCGAGUCCCUUCAUGAGCAUUAGCGACAAGGCAGUUGAAAUGAACGGGUUUCAAAGAAGUCUAUGCGAUUAUCUAAGUUUUUACAAGUUGAAAGAACUGAACUCUUUGGUAAAAGAUACCAUAAUGAGAACUGACUUUUCUGGACUAGCUGACGUAGAGUUUAUUUAUUCUUGUCCAAAGACAAAGGGGAAGAAUAUUGAAACUGGACUGAACAUGUUCCUGAAAUCCAUCGAGAAAGUUGAAACAGAGCUGCGGGAUGUUGAUCAGAUUUCUCUGAACCUGUUUCUUUGCCAAAGUUCCACCAUUGGUGGCCCUAUAGGUAGAAGGAAGGAUAACCCAUCUAACUUAUUUACACAUGUUAUAGUUCCUACUGCCCGAGGUUUUAGCGAAGCUGCUAAGAGUGAUCAGCAAGCUUUAUUGAAAGCAUAUCAUGAAAAUAAGACAUAUCCAUGCAUUAUAUAUCCCUGUAUGAAGGAGAUUAGGGACGCUAGCGUAGGUAUUAACUCUGCAGGAUGGUUUAAUUUCAAUUAUACAAGGAAUGAUACUCAAUUGCAACAAUAUGACUGGCUAAGGAACAAGAUUAAAGUCUUUUACAAAUAUAAUCGUGACUACACUACAAAACAGAGACUUACGACACCUUCACAUACAAAAUUUUAUCUGCGCUUCAGAAUGCCAUCGCAGUCAAUGGCACAAGGCAUGAGGGUUCCCGAACAUAUAGAUUGGUGUUUGUUCACAUCAGCCAAUUUAAGUUCAAAUGCAUGGGGAACUCUAGGUUCACAGCCAAGAAACUACGAAGUUGGGGUGAUGUAUAAGAAUUCCAACAUUACCACGAAAGCCCAGGAUUCGAAUCUUCAUUGUCAAUCACUGCAAGAUAUCAUAUAUCGAAAAGGACAGAGACCCCAAACUAGGUCAGUUCUAUUCCCGUUCCCGAGCCAUCUGCAGCCAUAUGAAACUAAUGAUCAGGCAUUUUAUCAGAUGUAA